UCAGUCAAUCAUGCCUGAACCCACCGUCAAAGCGCCCAAGAAGGGUUCCAAGAAAGCCGUCUCUAAGGGCGUGACCAAGACCGGCAAGAAGAGGCGCAAGUCCAGGAAGGAGAGCUACGCCAUCUACGUGUACAAGGUGAUGAAGCAGGUCCACCCCGAUACCGGCAUCUCCUCCAAGGCCAUGGGCAUCAUGAACUGCUUCGUGAACGACAUCUUUGAGCGCAUCGCCUGUGAGGCCGCUCGUCUGGCUCACUACAACAAGCGCUCCACCAUCACUUCCAGGGAGAUCCAGACCGCUGUCCGCCUGCUGCUGCCCGGCGAGCUGGCGAAGCACGCGGUGUCUGAGGGAACCAAGGCCGUGACCAAGUACACCAGCUCCAAGUAAACCUGCUGGAGACCACCACCUCAACGGCUCUUUUAAGAGCCACCCACCUCUUCUGAAGAUCAAUUCCUGAUGUGUACAAACUAUUAAGUCAUAAUCUAGUGAGUUGAAAAUAAAUAUGUCCAGUGUUUGGGCUUUCCAGGGAGUUAUGUCUGUUCCAGUCCUAAAAAACAUUUUGACUAAAUUAUUGAUAUUGAUCGUUUAUCACCUAUAGAUAUAUUUUAUAAUGUACUGAGAAUAAAUCUUGUUUGGUCAAGACAUUUUAAUAAACUGUAAAGCGAGAA